GAAAAGCAUGCCAUACCCUAAAGGAUCGGAAGUCCAGCAUUUUCGUUGUGAAAAGAAUUGAAAUUAUUGAAUUUGUUUUUCAUAUAUCUACGAUAGUUUUCAUCACUAGUACAUUAUUGUACUAGCUAGCAAACUAGUAGGAGGGUCUGAUCUGGAGUUGUUGUAGGAAAUGGAAGAAGAAUACUGGAGUGAUAUCUUUGAAGAUGCGUCCGAAACCUUCGAAGAUGAGAAUAUUCAACAACUGCAAAACUCCUUGCAAAUCAGGGGUAACUUUUGUCCCAACGCUGGAUAUCAUCAAUACAAUGGGCAAAGGUUGCCAGCAGAAUGGACCAUCGAUAUGCACCAUAUCCAAAGGGGAGGAAUUGGUGGAGGAGAAGAAGAAGGAGAGGGUGGUGAUAGAGCAGAAGAGGAAGGAGGGGGAGGAGGAGGAGAAGGAAGCUACGGUGAAGAAGAAGAAGAAGAAGAAGAAGAAGAAGUGGAAGAGGAUGAGGAGGACGAUGGAGGAGAAGGAGAUGGCGAAGGAGAAAUACAAGAAGAAGAAGAAGAAGAAGAAGUGGAGGAGGAUGAGGAGGACGAUGAAGGGGAAGGAGAAAUACAAGAAGAGGUGGAAGAAGAAAGAGAAGGAGGAUUAGGAGGCGGCAACAGAGGAGGUGAAAAUGAUAAGAAAGAAGCAAAUGGGGGUGGUUAUGAGUAUAAUAAUAAUAUUACAGGAGGCGGAGGGAGAGUGAGAAAAAGAAUAAAUAAUAGGGGAAAAGCAAAUGAGGGGCAUAAUAAUAAUAAUAAUAAUGAUAGCCAUGACUAUAAUAAUAAUAAUACUGAGGGAAGUGGUAGAGGAGGAAAUGACUAUAAUAAUAAUAAUAAUGAGGGAAGUGGUAGAGGAGGAAAUGAUAGGGGAGAAGCAAAUGUGGGUGUUCAUCCACAUUUGUCCCUCCCCUAUAAUAUGAUUGGCCGAAGUAGUCCAAUGAAAUGCAUAUUUAGGGUUCCAAAAUACACACUUGUAAUUGAGAAAAGAACAUAUACCCCUCAAACUAUCUCAAUUGGACCAUAUCCAUACACCCCUCAAACUGUCUCAAUUGGACCAUACCCAUACACCCCUCAAAUUGUCUCAAUUGGACCAUACCAUUAUGGAAAUCCAAAAUUGUCUCGUAUGGAAUCUCAAAAAAAAUUGCUUUUUGAAUCCAUGAGAUGCAACCCUGAUCGCCGGCUAUCCCUAACAGCGGCCAUGACGGAAUUUGAAGCCAAAGCUAGAAAAUGCUAUUCCACAAAGUUCAACAAUAUUGAUGCCGAUACAUUUCGGGAGAUGAUGCUCAUUGAUGCCUUCUUCAUCAUUCAUACCUUUCUCUCUUUCGACCGUUGGUGCAAGAAUCCGGAUGAUGGAGAAUUGCAACGCCAACCCAUUUUUGGAACAGCUUGGAGGCAAGGAAAUAUUUGCCAGGAUUUAUUGAUGCUAGAGAAUCAGGUUCCCUUUUUCAUUCUUGUCAAAGUGUAUGCUAUACUGACCAACGAAUCCAACGAAGGAGAAUCAGGAAAUUGUUUGAAGAAGCUGGCGAUGCAGUUCUUCAAACAAGUUGAAUUCGGAAGAAUUGGCGGCGGUGAUUCAGUUACAAUAGCAGAAGACCCCAAGCAUUUGCUGGAUUUGUUCCAUAGCAGUUUUGUUGUAGCGGUGGACAAAAGAAAGACGCAAAAGCUCAAGAAGGUUAAUACUACAUCGUCAUCGUCAUCGUCAUCAUCGCUGCCGCUGCUUAAAAUGAAAACAAAUUGCUGGGUAAAUAGCGCUUCAGAACUGAGUUCAAAUGGAGUCAAAUUCAUCGGAACCAAAAAAGGCAACCCACUGGAUAUUCAGUUCGUUAACUUCAUAGGACAUUUGAGAGUUCCGACACUUUGUAUCAACGACACAACUGUGACUGUCCUCAAAAACCUGGUGGCAUACGAGCAAGGCUCGCCUCUAACAAACCCAUAUUUCACUACCCUCGCAAUCUUCUUCUCCAACAUUGCACCCACUCCCGACGACAUCAAACUUCUGAGGGAGGAAAACAUUAUCAACCACCAACCAGCGGAUGAUGGAGAGGUCGUUCUUCUCUUGCAACAACUCAACAAAGCCUCCCAGAAGAAUGGCUUUAAUGCUUGCCUCAUCAAACAUCAUCUUCAACUCCUUGACAGAUACCUUUUAUCUGGUCAAUCCCGGGUUAUUAGUGUCGUGAGGAAAAGAGGUGGUGUGGACAACCUCAUAUUCCAUCUUUUAAUGUUUCUAUUUCUUACUAUCAUCUUUUCCUUGGUUGGGAAUGCAUUGGGGAAGGGCCCUUAAGAAAAUUCAAUACUUAUACCAAGGACCCGUGCUCAUUUACUGAAUGUUCACAAUUCAGUAUUUCGUAUGUAACUUGUUUAUUUUGAACUUAGGUUCACUUUGCAAGACGGAGGAUGGACCUAGGUCCAAUAAUUUGUCUGGAAAAUUGUUUACAUUAAGAAUUUGAGAGCACAGUAAAAGUACUUCCAUUUUUAUUCUCUA